UGUGGUUGCUUCUACAGGGAAGUUUAGUCUCUCACCACAAAGUCGAACAGUGGAUACACAACAUGCCGAGUAAAUCAUGAGUGAAAUCUGAAGAAGAAGAAAAAUAACUUCAAGGGGCAUGUGAGAAUCUGUGAGGAUCCUGGUGUUUUGUUUUGUUUUUAAUUACAUCCAAAGUCUUGGAAAGGUUGAGAGUUUUGCCAGACAGGAUUGGAGCUCACAGAGUGAUUAAGAACCAUGGGCCUCCUGCAGCUGCUGAAAUCCCAGGUCUUGUGCCUCCUGAUCAUCUGCUAUGUGUUCCUGGCCAGCGGCCUCAUUGUCAACCUGUUGCAGUUCUGCACUUUACCUCUGUGGCUGAUCAAUAAGCAGCUGGCUCGCAAGAUCAACAUCAGACUGGCCUACUGCAUCAGCAGCCAGAUGGUGGCUACCCUGGAGUGGUGGUCUGGGACAGAGUGCACCCUCUACACCGACCCGAAGACUUAUCCACUGUAUGGAAAGGAGAAUGCAAUUGUGGUUCUCAACCACAUGUUUGAGAUCGACUUCCUGUGUGGCUGGACCUUCUGUGACAGAUUUGGCGUUCUUGGGAGCUCAAAGGUGUUAGCCAAAAAAGACUUGGCUUACGUACCAGUUAUUGGCUGGAUGUGGUACUUCCUGGAGAUAGUUUUCUGCAAACGCAAAUGGGAGGAGGACCGAAUCACGGUGGCUCAGAGUCUUCAGAGGCUGCAGGAUUACCCAGAAAACUUUUGGUUCUUGCUUUACUGUGAAGGAACACGCUUCACACCAAAGAAGCACCAGAUCAGCAUGCAGGUGGCUGAGACCAAAGGUUUGCCCAAACUGAAGUAUCAUCUUUUGCCAAGGACCAAGGGAUUCUGGGUGACUGUCCAAAACCUAAGAGGGAAAGCUGCAGCUGUUUAUGACUCCACGCUCAACUUCAGGAACAAUGAAUCGCCAACCUUGCUUGAAAUUCUUAGCGGGAAGAAAUUUCACGCAGAUUUAUAUGUGAGGAGAAUUCCUCUAGAGUCGAUCCCAGAGGAUGAGGCGGAGUGCGCUGCUUGGCUGCACAAACUUUACCAGGAAAAGGAUAGUUUUCAGGAGCACUACGAGCAGACGGGGCGUUUUCCUGGUCCCACUCUGAGCCCUCCUCGUCGACCCUGGUCCUUGAUCAACUGGCUGUUCUGGUCCUUUUUGCUGCUCUGCCCUCUAGGCCUGCUGCUCACUCAGCUGAUCAGCUCUGGAUCAGUGUUUACCAUUGUAUUCUCCCUGGUCGUCUGUUAUUCAGCAGACUUGACAACCCAAAUCUACAGUGGCAGUUCGCUGGAUGAUCGGCCAGACUGAGAUUGACAGAGGUUCAAACUAUGGCAAUAAGGAAGCUCCUCUAAACAACAACUAAGGAUUUCUGACUUACUCAGAGCUGCUUCUUUGCACAGCUACUAAUCUGCAAGUUGCCAGUCUGGCAGGAAUCUGUUGGUCCGACAAGUCCGGACUAGCUUCGACGCACAGCGCAGACAGCAUGGUCUCUCUUUAACGCUAUGCUGCAGAAGCUCAGUAUGUAAGAUCAUGAAAAGUGGAUCGUGGUGAACAGCAACAAUGAAAGGACAGGCAAGAUGAAAAAUGGCUUUACGACAUCAGAUGAGAGUGGUAGCAUUUGAAUACAAACAUAUUCACUUAUCAUUGAAUUAACCAAAUGAAAAAUGGACUACCUCUUUUGAUUGCAAAGUAAUGCUUAAAUGGCAUUUUCAAGGUAAAGGAAAAUAAACAUUUCACUUUUUAAAAAAAA